GUUCUACCAGUAUGUUGCGAGGAGUGGAUUCUGCAGAGGAAGAAGACAGGAGAGCCAUAUCAUUGGCAGGUGGACCUCAGGUAGUGCCAGUCACCGCACACGAACUCAGUUACGCGUCAGGUCUCUUCCUGUCCUCGUCUGGCCAGCGCAUCCGGGUCAGACGAAACAACCGGUCAUCCAGAGAUGAGAGCCCCAACACGACCUCAGACAACCACCGUAUCGAAGAAGAUCUCCGCGUGGGCGUCCCAUCGUCAUCUGAACCAGACUAUUACCACAAUUCGAUCAGCCCAGACCAUCCUCUCAAUAGAAGGAACCUCGACUUGGCACUAAAGGCUUUGGAAAUCUGCAAAGAAAAUGACCUGGGGAUGAUCGACAAUGUACUCUUUUGGAAGCAGCGCGGUCUAUUCGAACAAGGCAAGCCGAGCGUACCGACCGUGAAGAUCACAGUGAAAAGGAAGCCCAACGACCCCGGCUGGGCUGCACGAGCGACGCGGGCGGCCUGGGCAGUGUACCACUACCUCCCAGAAUUAAAAGGAUCCGCCACCAAUGAGUUUAACGUCGCGGUCGAGAUCUGUGAUAUCUUGUUCUGCGCAAAGAACCGCCUCCGGAUGCAGUCGUGCACCGUAGAGGACGCCAUCUUUCCGCAGUGGGAGGCUGUGUUAGAAGCAAUUCUCCGGACGAUCCUUCUGACGGGAGUCCUUUAUAUUAGCUGCUGUCGCGCUGGGGCGACGUCCUCGAUUUCGGUCUCUGCACCCACUGUCUUGCUGGGGGUGGAUCCGACGGCAUCCGUGGAUUGGAAAGCGGUUCGGGAACAGAUUGUUACCGUUCUGGAAUCAUUUGGUCUUGAUUCAGUUGGGGUGCUUAUCCGCCAGGACUCGGCAAGCCGACCACCUCUGGACCUGCAUGGCCUUCCUGACUCCCUUACACACGGCUUCAAAGAGGAUAGACCCUGUGAGAUGGGGGAUAGUCUAGCCUCAGGCCACUCACCCGAAGCGCAGGGGACCCUGGGCUGCUGGGUGGAGCUCCAGGAUCCGGACACAGAUGAGUGGAUGCCGUACGCGCUGACGUCCGCGCGCUGUGUCCUGCCUAGCGAUGCACAUGUUGAGUCCUGUGCUCAGAAGGGAGAGAACACCCCGGCUUUUGACGAGUGGAAGACAUAUGGCGUACCGUUCCGAGACACCACAGCGGCUAGACUUCUCCUGGUUGAUAGCCCAGGCUUGUAUGAAAUCACAUUGAACAUGAACAACCUCGAUGAUCUCGCACGAGAUUAUGAGGAUGAAAUGCGCUGCGAACGUUUUCAAGCCGCGCAAGCGCAGAACGAGCCUGUGUCCGCCCCCGGGGAUCUAAAAUUCUGGACAUAUCUAAACAACACCCUUACUAAGAUUAGAGCAGAACGCGCCCAAAUCCAGAAGUAUCAAGAUAACCAGAACUACGAGUUCGGCACUGUGGUCGCCACGUCCGGCCUGGAAGCACGACAACAGGAACCCUACUCCUCAGAAGUCAGUUCACCGUCGGUCUUCCUGGACUGGGCCCUUGUCCGCAUGCGCGCAGACCGACGGCUGGGUGAGAACAAGUCUCCAUGUCCCUCGGAGGACUUUCUGGACCCAGUAUCCGAAGUUGUGGGAGUUUGGUAUUUGGAGGAGCGGCUCCGACCCGGGCAAUCUCUAUGGAAGAUAGGGCAUUCCACGGCCAAAACGAAAGGGAGAUACAACGGACUGCGCACAGCGUGGAUCACCCAUACUACUGCCCGCCACCCAAAAGAAAGAGGAGAACCAUUGGUUUAUUAUGUACACUCUAUGUACAACUCGUACAGCUCGUAUAACGGUGUGAUGCUUUGGGGGGACUCAGGAUCGAUGGUGUUCGACCGGCACGGGUAUGUGGUUGGAAUGUGUUUCGAGGGCAAUGCGCAUGAGGACACAGCCUACUUCAUGCGGUGGGAGGAGCUGUGGGAAGAUAUUCUGAGUAAAUCGGGGGCCAAGGAUAUUCGGUUUCUGGGGGAUGAAUAUUCCUAUCGGGGCUUCCCGUUGGAGAUGGAGUGGCUUUCCUUGCGAAUGAUUUCUCGUGUGUCAGAAUGAAAAGC